AUGUCUCGAAGGGCAGCCAUAUUAGCACUUUGCGUAACGCUACCUCUGGUGCUGGCGGAGCUGGUGGCCGCAGUCGACGGAGACGAAUUUCGACUGGACGAGUACCUGAAGUUUCCGCCGCUGUUCAAGUACGACGACUUCGAAGACUGCCGCCGGUGGUACAGUGACUACGUGUACUGCGUGGUGAAGGCACCGCUCGAGCCGGACGAAGCGUCCGCCCUCUGGCGGAACAUCAGUUUCUUUUCCAGUGACUAUCACCACUACGACCAUCGGGUGCUGGAGCGUGGCAUUUGUUUGCCCAAAUGUCAGGACGCCAUCAUCCACAAUGGAUCCCAGGCUGCGGACCGCUACACGCAGAGCGAUCUGAUGCACCAGUGCAUAGGUGAUGAAGUGACGGCCGGCUACCAGUUGAAACUGGCACCGAACCUUCGCAUCCAGUACUGCUACUCCAAGAACACCGAAAGCCUCCCCUACGAUUGGCUCGAUGUGGCCUUUAUCCUACUGGCCACAACGAUCGUGUUCCUGGUCCUGGCCUCGACCGUUUACGAUCUGCACGAACAGGCCCGCCAGCGCUUCCCGGAAGGAUACUUUGCGCGCAGCCUCAAGCUGGGCCACCAGCGGCUCCUGACGGCGUUCUCGUUCCCGCGGAACGUGCGCCGCCUAAAGGAACCGGCCGGCAACAGCCAGACGCGCACCGACCUGGCGUGCUUCGAGGCGUUCCGGUUUAUGCAAACGUGUCGCGUCAUCUUCCUGCACGUCACAAUCGCGCACCUGAAGAUACCGCAACGCAACCCGGAGUACAUGGAGCAACUCCAGCACGGGACGGCGCUGCAAACGUUCAUCGCCGAGUUCCAGAACUACGUCCAGACGUUCUUCGCCAUCGGCGGCAUGCUGAUGGUGGUCAACUUUCUCGACCACACCCGGAAGCACCCGUGCUUCCGGCCGGCGUUCUUCGUCGAGCGGAUCCGCAACCGGCUGUGCCGGUUGGUGCCGACGUACGCGUUCAUGAUCCUGCUCGAGUCGUCCGUGAUGCGGCACAUGAUCGACGGCCCGUUCGGGAAGCAGUUCGCCGGCGAAUCGAGCGCCAACUGUCACCGGUGGUGGUGGGCCAACCUGCUGUUCGUCAACAACUACAUCGCCUGGCACCAACCGUGUUUCAUCCCCUCGUGGUACCUGGCGACCGAUCUGCAGCUGUACGUGUUCGGGCUGGCCAUCAUGAUGGUCCUGUGGAAGUGGCCCUCGGUCACGAAGUACGUGUUUAGCGCCGUCUUCCUGUACAGUGCCGUGGUGCCGGCCGUGACGUACCUCGCGUCCAACAUCUCGCCCGUGAUGACGGUCGACAUGAAGGACGUGGACACGUACAUGCGCGGCCAGCACUUCCAGGAUGCGCUCUACUUCCCGUUCCACCAGAACACCGGCGUCUACUUCUGUGGCAUGCUGGCGGGCAUGGUGUACCACCAGUUCCGGGACCAGCGCAAGGAGCUGUUCAAGCUGGACGCCUUCAAGCAGGUGGCGCAACUGAGUGGGCUUCUGUACGGGUUCAGCAUGGCCACCGUGUCGUGGGUCGUGACCAACCUGUCCUGGUUGCCCUCGAUCGUGCUGGCCGUGUACGCCAGCACGUUCAAGGUCAGCUGGGGUCUGUUCAACACCGUGCUGCUGCUGGCGCUAGCGCUGCUCCACCGGCACCACUGGAUCAAGAUGACGCUCAGCCAUCCGGUCUUCGGGGUCCUGGGCAAGCUCGGCUACAGCGUGUACCUGAUCCACUUCACCAUCAUCGUGCAGGUGUACGGGCGCGAGAAAGCGCCCAUCUUCAGCAACGAGCUGAUCGUGACCGGCUUUACGGCCGAGGUGCUCUUCUUCAGCUACAUCAUGGGCGCGGCGCUCUGCGUGCUGGUCGAGCUGCCGGCCGGUGCCGCGCUGAAGGAGCUCCUCGAGCCGGCACCGAGGCAAUCCUCGAUCAACCAGGGCCUGACGGCCUCGGAAAAAAUCAGCGGACAGCAGCAGCCGCCACGGAACGGAAGUACCACAGAAGUGGCGGCCAGCGCAACCGCGACGCCCACCAGCUCCCCGGCGGGGGCCACCGAAGGACACUGA